UCCUAAUAUAAUAAUGAAAUAUAAAAGAUUAAUAACUUAAAUGUUCAUGAAAAUAAUAAAAAUUCAAAAUCUAUGCCAAUAUUAAUUCUCUAAGCUAUAAAAAUCUUUAUUCAGCUGAGUAGUAGUAAUAACUCACCAUAAUCAAACAUCACGCCCUAUCAACUACAAAUCAUCAAAUGGAGGAUGAUACUUCCAACAAACUAAGGAAAAUCAACAAGCUCAUUUGAAAAUAGUACAAGAAUUGGCAUUGAAGUUACAUUUAAAUAAUCAGAAAUCUAUGUGCACAAACAUCAAUACAAAAAUCUGGAGGUUCGAAAAUACCUUGAUUAAGUAACAAAUCCUCAAUAUUAAAUGGGACAAAUAAUCAAAUCAAUGGGUAAAAUAAGCACACAAACAUGAGAUCACAACUUUCUAAUAAUACAAUUAGGCUCAAAGGAUCUCAUAAGUACUAUUAAGAAAGGGUUAAUAUCAUUCAUUGUAACCCGAAGAAAAAUGAUGAGCAAUCAUCAGAAUCAAAAUGCCGAAACUUUCAUUUUGCAAGUCAACACCAUUAUGAUAAUCAAGAAGUUAAUCAUGUAUACAAGAAGGAGAAAAAUCUCAUGGGUGGAGGUAUUAUUCAUGUGAACAAUAACUUCAGUAUUAGCGUAACAAUAAAUUCACAAUUCAUGGAGAACAGUAAUUUUGUAAUAGUAAAUGCUAUUAAAAAAUAGAGAUACGUCUAGACAUCCAGUUAAAAUUUGACACGUGGAGUGCACUUUAGUUACACUUUUUUGUGUGUUUUAUUUGCAUUUUACCUGCACUUUAGUUACAAUUUGACAGCUCUUUUAUUGCGCUUUAUUACUGUGAUUUACCUGCACUUUUGAUGCAUUUGGCUUAAAGUUCUAUGGACACAUUAAAUAUAUAAAGUAAAAAAGUAAUUCCCAUUAAAUAUUCACGUAUCAACAUUUUAUUGAAGUCCGGACGUACCUCUACGUUUCAGACUCCGCACGUAAUAAGUUCUCGUAUCCUACAAAGUUGCAAUGAAGAGUAGCUACUUCUCAAGAACUCACAUCUUCCCAGGACAUAAAAUAGUCUCACCUAACCAUAUACAACAUGUUCAGCACAUUCCAAUAAAGGCCAAUCUCAACCACCAUAAGGUCAACAAUCAAUACAUUGUCAAAAUACAACAUUCUGUCUUCUCCAGCAAUAAGAAAAUACAAAUAUAUAUUCUCCUAACCACCAAAGUUAGAAUGCUUAAUAGAAAACCAAAUAAAAAUGUUUACAAAGAUGCAGCCAACAACAAAAUACUCAUGCUUCCCACUUCUUCCUCCAUCAAUCUCCCUACUUAAACCCAGCUACAGACAUAACCAAGAUGCAUACAGGAAGGUAAGAGGAAAUGACAUCACAAGAGGAAAAUGGUGAAGGAAACUUCAUCUCCAGCCUUGUGAAGCAAUCCUUCCAUAGAAUUAGCCUAACACUCCUCUCCCUCCUCCUACCCCUGUCCUUUCUUCUCUUAUCCAGGCUCACCUCUUCUCCUCCUACUUGCAAAAUUAUAUCUAUAAUUCUCUACAUCCUUGUCUUUGCUCUAUCUUUUACAUGCCUUAUAUUCUCUACCACAGGUCACUCACUCACCACCAAAGCACCCAGAAGUAUAGCUUGGGUCAUCCUCAUCCUCUUCCAAGGCUGCAUUUCCUGGGCUAUUAAGGCUACAGACAGAGCUACAUUCGAACCGAUCGGCGACGACAACAUCGGACUCGUGAUUUGGACUAAGAGGACAUUCAUCUUCGUUGGGAUCUACGAGAUAAUGAUGCUGUGGAGAAGGGUGAUUGUGAAGCCGGUUGUCGACGACACGGUCUAUGGUGAGGAGAGAAAAGAGAAAGGAGUUGAGAAGACUAUGAUGGGAAUAGCUUUCAUUGUGCUGUGGCUGUGGAUGCUGGGAAUGAAAGUGGAACCACUGGUUUUUGUAGCUGGAAAUGAAAGUUUGGGGAAGGGGGUACAGUGGAGUGGGUUUGCACUGUGGCUGUUGGGGCUUACUGUUCUUAUGACAGGUAGUUUGAGGGUUGUGGGAGUUCUGGUUUGGUCAAUAAUGGCAGCCCUAGUCAAGAUAAUGCAGUGGAGAGAGCAGCUGGAUGAAGAUUGUAUUGAUGAUGAAGUGUACAAAAAUAAGAGUAGCAAUGUCUAA